AUGGAUGGCGUCGUCGAUCACUUGGCGUUCGAGCGGAAAAAGACACAAUUCGAUGUCGAAGAGAUGAAGAUCGUCUGGGCUGGUUCUCGCCACGCCCUUGAAGUCUCUGAUAAAAUGGCUCGCCUCGUUGCCAGCGAUCCGGCGUUCAGAAAGGAUGAUAGACCCAUGCUUGGUAGGAAGGAGUUAUUUAAGAACACUUUGAGAAAAGCAGUUUAUGCGUGGAAAAGGAUCAUUGAUCUCCGUCUUACUGAAGAGGAAGCUUCUAUGCUCAGGUCUUUUGUGGACCAACCUGCUUUUACGGAUCUACAUUGGGGAAUGUUUAUUCCUGCUAUCAAAGGACAAGGAACUGAGGAACAGCAGCAAGAGUGGUUGCCUUUGGCUCAUAAGAUGCAAAUAAUUGGUUGCUAUGCUCAAACUGAACUGGGCCAUGGAUCUAAUGUUCAAGGGCUAGAAACAACUGCAACCUUUGAUCCCAAAUCAGACGAAUUUGUAAUUCAUAGCCCCACAUUGACUUCCAGCAAAUGGUGGCCUGGAGGAUUGGGUAAAGUGUCAACACAUGCUGUUGUUUAUGCGCGACUAAUUACUGAUGGUCAAGAUCAUGGACUGCGGAGCUUGGAUGAUCACUUACCACUUCCAGGGAUAACUGUUGGUGAUAUUGGAAUGAAAUUUGGAAAUGGAGCUUAUAACUCCAUGGAUAAUGGGGUUCUAAGGUUUGACCAUGUAUUCAAUUCAGAUGGGCUCCAUGAUAAACGGCUAGUGGUCUGCAUCCACUACCACAAAUAA